UUUUUGGGCCUACCCCUUGCCUUUUUUGAGCUUUCUACUUGAAUCAACUCACACCUCCUAACAAGUAUUGUAUUGGUUCUGCAUUGAACAUGGCCAGCCAGACCACCUAAAUCUACUUUAUCUCAUCUUAUCGCUUAUUGGAGCCACACCUAAGCUCUCCCGAAUGUAUUCGUUUAAAUUCUAUUCCUUCUUAUCUUGCAAUUCAUCCAUCUCCACUUCUUCAUCUUAGCUGUACUCAUCUUAUGGGUGUGUUGGUUAUUAUAGGCAUGAGUAGUGAUGAUGAUGUUUGGUAACUGAUUUCCCUGAACCAACUCUAUUUGGUAGAUGACUCAACCUCACUCGAGGAAAUAACACAUCGUGCUAUACUUUGCUUUAGUGCUAGAAUUGAGGAUUGUUUCUUGCUUCUUUUCGUUUUAGGACAUAAAUAGCUAUUUGGAAAGCAGAUGACCCAUACUAGAGUGCAGACGAUGCCGAAGUAUUUUAGAUAUUGCAUCCUCCAUAUAGUUUCAUUGAAUCAUCAAUGUAUUUUUAUUUUUUAUUUUUUUUCUAGCUAAGUCAUCAGCAUCAAUAAGGAGACUUGCACACUUUUGCAUGAAAUAAUUCAUACCCCAGUUCCUUCAUUAAAAAAAUAGGAGUCUGGUUUUAUGUGCUUCUGAUUAUUGAUUUGGUCUCAACCAUCUCUAGUAAGAGAGAUUAAUGAUGAUUAGUCUGAUGAUACCGAGCCUUCAAUAAAACAAUAUGGAAUGUCUCAAACCAAGCAUCAGGUACUUGUUUGAAAGCAUGUGGUACGUAUCAAGUUUGUAGAAUGCUUGGAUUUUAAGUUCAUUCCUCUAUUGGUCCGCAAAAUCACAAUAGAGGAAUGAACUCUCAACAUCCAUUUGAUGCAUAUCCCAAUGCCUAGUGGAGGCCAUGGCAAUUAUAUUUAUGGACCUGUUUAUAAUGGUCAUAAUGGCCACACUAGCAAAGGCCUCAUAAUCUAAUGAAUAUUCUUAUUGAUAAUGUUAGGCAACCAAUCUGGCUUAAAUUUAUCUAAGCCAUAUUCUUGUUGAUAACCUUAUUCAACCAAGCAUGCUAUAGUUAUCAAGUGUACCGAUUUCCACUUGUGUGUACCCACAUUUGCAUCCAUUGGGUUAUUUUCUUGGUAGGAUUGGGCUUUGAUCCCACAUAUGAGUAUCCUGCGAAGUUUGCACUUCCUUUGGCAUUGCCUUUCUGCCAGACUUAGUUCAAAUGCAUUAGAAUCACGAGAUGGAACAUAACCAGGAUCCAAUGCGGCCACUAAUGCAAUAUUAGUAAGUUAAUUAGGAGUAGAGGAAGUAAUUGUCUACACUAUGGAGGAUCGUGGGGUUGUGCAGUGUGGAGAGAGGGUGCAGAGGGCUUUGUCUGUACAUCAUUUUUUUCUUCCAUGAUAAGUUCAACGUAAAGCUGAAAUAAUGCAUGCAUUUUGUGAAUCUACUUUAAGGAAUUUUGUAUUACAUGUAACUUGUGACUCAUCAGUUGGUGAAUCCCAAAAUAUGACAGCAUCGAUACUAAAAUGGGAGCAAGGAAUAGUGAUUGGUGAUGGAGCAUAAAUAUAACAGAACAUUAUAACAAACAUAGGGAUACUCUUAAAGUGAUUCCAAUGCAAACGGUGAUUAUUCCAAACAAGUACAAUGAAAGGCUUGUUGGACUGUUGCAUGAGGCUGGUUCAAAGCCCAUUGUAGUCUUGUGCCAUGGCUUUCGAUCAUCAAAGGAUGACAGUACCAUCAAGGCCAUCACAACAGCUUUAACUAGAGAAGGAAUCAGUGCAUUUCAUUUUGAUUUUUCAGGAAACGGGGAAAGUGAUGGAUCAUUUCAAUAUGGAAAUUACUGGAAAGAGGUUGAGGAUUUGCGUUCUGUGGUUGAAUACCUUUCUGGGGCUCAACGUAAAAUUAUAGCUAUUGUCGGGCACAGUAAAGGAGGAAAUGCAGUGCUUUUGUAUGCUUCCAAGUAUCAUGACGUUGAUACUGUGGUUAAUGUUUGUGGCCGCUUUGAUUUGUGUCAAGGAAUUGUGGGUCGCUUAGGUAAAGACUUCAUGGAAAAGAUCAAGAACGACAUAUUCAUUGAUGUCAAAGACAGGAAUGGGAAAUUUGAGUACCGUGUUACAGAAGAAAGCUUGAUGGAUCGUCUAAGUACAGAUAUGCAUGUAGCCUCCCCCAUGAUUGAUAAAAAUUGCAGAGUCUUGACAAUUCAUGGCACAAAGGAUGAAAUCGUACCUGUGGAAGAUGCUCUAGAGUUUGACAAGCUCAUCCCUAACCAUAAACUGCAUACAAUAGAAGGUGCAAACCAUGUAUAUUCCUCUCACGGGUCAGAAUUAGCCUCCACUGUAGUGGACUUCAUAAAAGCUGGUUAUCUACCAGAAAAUCAGCAGUCACAGGAGGUACCAUCUUGUCCAAGAACCAGAAGAUUGAUUAGGUCCAGAAUUUAAUGCAAUUAUAACCAUGGGGAUGAAAAUACAGUGAUAAUUGAAGAACAGUACGUUUAGAAUAAAUUGCAAGAAAAACAGGUAAAAAGAAAAAAUCCAUCAUGGACCUCCCUGAUGCAGAGGCUUCUUUUUAUUGAUUAUUGGCUAAGAUUCUUUUUGACGCAUGCACCGAAUACCUGGCAUGAUGGAGAAUUAUGCAUGUUAAAGAUGUUAAUGAUCAGCAAGAAGCUUAAUCAUUUAUUGGAUGCAUGUCAGCUGGUAUGAACCACUCUUUCAAGUGCACGUUGCCUCCAGUGCCAUUAUUCAAGACUGCAGCGAUUGUAGUCUCUCCUGUAAUACUGUUCAUAGGUUUAAUUAACCUUUAUUUAUUUAUUGCAACGGGGCAAUUGUAUCCUCUAACUCAACAUUAUAUUCGGGUUUAUGGUAAAUUUCAAUGGGGCAAUGGUAAACUUAAAUUUUAUCCUCUAAAGUUUUACAUGAGAAUGAUCCUGGGUAUUUUUAAUGCA